CCUCCCCAUCUUUUGCCUAUUGCCUUGCCCAGUUGCCCCCCUUCUGCCAGUGUCAUAGAGAGAGAAUGUGUUUGUGCUAGCUAGAGAGAGAGAGGUUGAGGGAGGGAGAAUAUAAAAGUGGGCAUGGGGAGCUGGCCGGCCACUGGCCAUGAUUUCACCUCAGCAUCACACACAGGUCAGGGUCACUGGGUCAGGCUCAGGCCCCUCUUCUGUCUUCUCUCUCAGUCUAGUCGACUAGUAGUCCCCAUGCCUGCUCUCUCCUCUCACUAGACUAGACCCUGUUCCCUGAACACUUCCCGAUAGAUUCCAUCCCCUCUCUAUCAUCCUCGGCAUCCGCCCUGCUUUGCCCUUGUUAAUUGCAAAGGUUUCUGCAGGGAUAACAUUUGUGGGCAUCAGAGGCUCCAAGCUGCUCAUACCACAAGCAGAAGCAGGCUGCUCUCCUGGUCCUGAAUCCUGAUGGUUGUGUGCUUCUUCAGAGGAGGGAUUGAGGACUGAGACAGGUAUAGCUUCCUUGCUUGCUGUUGCUGUUGUGUCAGUCAGUCAGCGUGAGAGGUGAGACAGCGAGAGCAAGAAGAGGAGGCUGGGGGGUGAGAGGGAGAUGGACGGCGACAGCUUCUCCGGCAUGGCGAACGGCGGCGGCGCCGCCGGCGGGCCGGUGGACGGGAAGCUGAUCCAGACGUUCCACAAGAGCUUCGUGCAGGUGCAGAGCCUGCUGGAGCAGAACCGGCUGCUCAUCAGCGAGAUCAACCAGAACCACGAGUCCCGGGCGCCCCGCAACCUCACCCGCAACGUCGGCCUCAUCCGGGAGCUCAACAACAACAUCCGCCGCGUCGUCGGCCUCUACGCCGACAUCUCCGCCUCCUUCGCCCGCAACGCCGACACCGCCGCCUCCUCCGACGGCGACUCCUCCGGCACCCUCCGCUCCCCCGACGGCCGCGCCGGCGCCGGCCACAAGCGCGUCCGACCUGGCUAGAUUGCCUAUGAGCCUUUUUGGUCUUGGCAAUUGGCAUCCCCCCAUUGCGACUAGUGAGGUGUUGCUUGCUACUAGGAUUAGCCUUUUUUUUUCUUUCCUGCAGUUCUUGACUUCUUGUUCAUUAAUCAUCCUUGUCCUUGCUGCAAAUGCUAGCUUCUGCAUCAGUGAUAUGGUAGCGAGAAACAGAAAGCUGUUAUGUGGAAGCUGCUACGAUGAUGAUGAUGAGACGAAAUGUUCAUGUUUGGAAUCCUUCUUGUUACAGUUGAGUUAUAGCAGGAUCUGGAAAUUAUUUCCAGGCUAGUUUUCAAGUGUACUAGGAGUUGGAAGAGGAGCAUGUGCAUUUGCAUCUCCCUGUCACUGUAGAUGGGUCAGGUUCAGGUAGGCAGUUCAUGCGCAACAGGACAGAUCUUGAUUGAGGCUUACCAUCUGACAUUGCCGUCAUCCUUUCCAUUCA